GACAGCUGAGACUCCCUGAUGGUCAAGUGGCCCCAAGGGAAGGAAGGAAAAUUCAAAACUCCCCAGACCUGCCCAGUACCUAAUGGCAGCUUCCAAUGACACCAAGUUCAAACCUGCUGUGUUCCUUCUCACUGGGAUAUCUGGACAUGAAGACAUCCAUCUCUGGAUCUCCAUCCCCUUCUGCCUUAUUUAUGCUGUUUCAAUGAUGGGAAAUGCAGUUAUUCUGUACAUUAUUAAAACAGACCUGAGUCUCCAUGAGCCCAUGUACAUUUUCCUUUCCAUGUUGGCCAUCACAGACCUUGGUCUAUCAAUAGUCACCGCACCGACAAUACUGGGUAUAUUCUUGGUUAACUCUAGGGAGAUCAGCCUUGAAGCUUGUUUUGCCCAAUUGUUCUUCAUCCAUUCACUUUCAAUCAUUGAGUCUUCUGUGCUCCUGUUAAUGGCCUUUGACCGCUUCAUUGCAAUCCGUGACCCACUGAGAUACGCUUCCAUCCUAACCCUGCCGCGAAUAGCCAAGAUGGGGCUGGUGUUUGUGCUAAGAGGUCUGUUUGUGGCAUUUCCAGUGCCCUUUCUCCUCAAACGGUUCCCAUACUGUGGAGUCAAUGUCCUCUCCCAUUCCUACUGCGUGCACCAGGAUGUCAUGAAGCUGGCUUGUGCGGACAUCUCCGUCAACAGCAUUUAUGGCUUCUUCGUGAUACUCUCCACGGUGGGGUUGGACUCUUUGCUCAUCCUCCUCUCUUAUGUGAUGAUCUUCAAAACGGUGCUGAGCAUCGCGUCCCGAAGAGAGAGCCUCAGGGCCCUGAACACCUGCGUCUCCCACCUCUGCGCUGUCCUGCUCUUCUACAUACCAAUGAUCGGCCUGACUGUGAUACACAGAUUCGGGAAGCACACUUUCUUGCUUCAGAUUUACCUAGGCUAUGUCUACCUUCUGGUGCCACCCCUGAUGAACCCAAUCGUGUACAGCGUGAAAAGCAAACAGCUGCGUGUGAGGAUCAUCAGGGUGUUCGUCAAGUGA